AUGAAGUAUUCCUUGGCAGCAGGACUCUUAUUCGCGGGCAGCGCUUGCGCCGUAUUGGAAUUGCCGGUGGCCAAGAGAGACAAGCACACCGAUGGCAAGACUCGCGAUGUAGCUCGAGGCUUGUUCCCCCGAGCGGAUCCGGGCACAUUGGAAACGACCAUCUUCUCCGGCGUGGGCUAUGUCAGUGGUGGCUCAUACUACCUCAACAUCUCCGUCGGCACUCCUCCCCAACAACAGACCGUCCUCCUCGACACCGGCUCCUCCGACCUCUACCUCGAUGCUAGCUCCGCUCCCGCCUGCUCCUCGAACGGCCCCCACCGAUGCGAAGCUAGCACCUUCGACCCCAGCAGCAGCAGCACCUACCAGCAAAUCGAGCCCUCUCCCGCCUUCAACGCCUCCUACGGCGACGGCUCCUACGCCAUUGGUCCGUACGGGAGCGACGUGGUGUGCAUCAACGACUUGUGCAUCGACAAUGUACAAUUUGGUUUGGCUACAGAGGUCAACAGCACCGUCGGCCCCGCAAUCGGCCUGAUGGGUGUAGGCGCGACGGACAUUGAAGCCACUCGCUCCUACUAUCCCAACAUCCCAGAGGUGCUGGUCGACGCGGGCAUCAUCAACUCCCGCCUCUACUCCCUAUACCUCAACGACUAUGAUGCCGUCACCGGCUCCAUCCUUUUCGGUGGUAUCGAUACGGACAAGUACACCGGCAAAUUGACAACUAUCGACACCCUCCCCGACCCCGUCACCGGUUAUGUCGACCAGUUCAUCACCGCCAUCACUGCCCUCUCCACCAAUGUCGGCGGCCAAAAGUCGACCAUCUUUUCCGGAGGCGCGGCCGGUGCGGCGGCCUUUAAAUCCCCCACCUCCCUUCCCGUCCUCCUCGACUCUGGCAGCAGCGCCUGGAGUGUUCCCAACUCAGUGUACAAGGCGGUCGUCAGCGAAUUCACCUACAUUGACGCCAACACCGGUAUUGCGCCUUGUAGUUACGCUUACUCCGGCGACUCCGUCACCAUCACCAUCAACGGCCAAAUUGAUAUCGACGUGGACAUCAGCAACUUCUUCCUCCCCAUCUACCAACCCGGAACCAGCACACCAGUGACAUACAACAAUGGAGAGCAGGCCUGCAACUUCGAGAUUAUCCCCUCCGGCGGUACGGGUGAAGGCUUCGACACCAUGGGCGACGCCAUGAUCCGCGCAAUGUACGUCGUCUACGAUCUCGACCAAGGCCAAAUGUCCAUCGCGCAAGCGAACCUCAACAGCACCUCCUCCAACAUCAAAGAAGUGCCCGCCGGCCCCGGCGGAGUUGCCAAAGCCAUCGGCGGAAACAGCAACUCCGUGCCGACGCAAAGCUACAGCGUUGCUCCCGACGCCACAUCCACCACCUUCUCUGUGUCGACGGCCAAGUCCACUAUUGGAACCGCGACGGGCAUUGCUGCCGUACCCACCGCUGCUCGUGUCAGUGGCGAAGGGGGCAGCAGCGGCGCCGCCGGCGGCUCCAGCCCUUCGUCCAGCAGCCACCACUCCGGUGCGGAAGCUCUGAAGAUGUCUCAGACCGGGUGGAGCGGCAUGGGUGCCGUGGCUGCUGUUGCGCUCGGUACUGUUUUGGGCGCUGCUUUGAUGCUGUAA